GAAAGAGCCCUUUCUUUUCUCCGGAGCUCCUUCCGAACACACGACGCACGCGCGGAGGUACGUAGCGCAAAUCUCGUCGGUUUUCUGCAUCGUGCUUACUCCCUUUCCAGUCCGGUGCACGGCCGACUCUCUGCACACCUCCAGCACGCAACCAUAAAGCACAUUAUUUGUUCCCCUCAUACAUAGACUCUGCAAAACUACGCUGAACUAUUUUUAAUACAACGAUACAUAGGGUGGACGCUUCGACUCCGCUCUUCUCUUUCUUGCACGCACACUUCUUACUUUUACACAUAGACAGCUCUCUACAACUGCGGCUCUUUCCUUUUGUUGAGGCAUAGAAAAACGGCUGUACAGAUUUUCACACUGCCGGAAGCGUCCCGUCGCCUCUUGGGGGAUUUAGCGGUCGUUUCUUGAUAUAUCUGGUUUGUUUGUUCUUCUAGAUCUCCUCCAUUUUUUUUUCGUUUUCUUUCUUAUUGUGUAAUGGCGUCCUACGCGGAGUUGCUGCAAACAUGUUCGGAGUUUCAGGAGAACUUUGCCGCCCUCACGGGCAAGUACAACGCACUCGCGCUCGAGACGAAGAACACCAAGGCCGUGUGUGAGCUUCGGCAGCAGCAGCUGACGGAGGCAGCAGAACGGGAAGCGAAACAGCAUCAACAUUUGACAGCGUUGAAGAGAGAGCUCGAAGAAGCAGAUGGAUUUCGCGACAGGUACCGCGCGGCGUCGGCCACCGUCGAGCAUCUCAAAGCCCAGGUAGCCGCUGCUCGCCAAGGCACUGCCGAUGCGCUUUUGGAACACAGCCAGGAAGUGGAGCAGCUGAAGCAGCAGCUGGAGGACAUGAUGAAGCGGGUGGAGACGGCUGCCGACGGGCAGCGGCUGCGCGAGUCGCAGAGGCAGGUCGUAGAGCUGGAGGCGCGCGCCGCCACCGUCAACGCGCAGCUGCUUGAAGAGCGAGAGCGGCACAGCCAGCAGCUGCUGACAGCGCACAACGCGUUACGCGAGCAGCAAAGUCGCAACUUAGAGCUGGAGCAGCGCUAUCGUGCAAUGGAGGCGGAGGUGGCAGAGAUGCGCGCGGCGGUGCGGCGGUCAACCGAACUGCAGAACGAAGCAGCGCUUCUCAAAGAGCGCUACGCGACGGCGGCGUCAGUGGCGCAGCACCAAGUAGAGGAACUCCGCACAGAUGUCGAGGACACCCGCCGCCGACUUGCGCAGCUCAAACAAGACCACCAAGCGCAGUUAGACCAAAGAGAACUGGAGGUUGUCGAGGAGCGCCACAUACUGAGCGAGCGCGUCGCCGCCCUCACGAGCGACGUCGCCGCUGCACAAAGCAGCCUCGCCGAGGAGAAGGCGCGCGCACGCAAGCUGCAGUCCAGCGGGGAGCAGCAGGUGCAGCGCGUGCGGGAGUCGACGCUGACGGAGAUGAGCGCGCUCCGUCGUGCGCAGACGAUUCUCAAGGAGGAGAACACGCGUCUGCGCUGGCACGUGGAGAAGGGCAACAACGACCUGCGCGAAAAGGAUCAAUUUCUCGCGGCAGCGCAGGAGCGCUACGACGCACUCGCCGCAAGGGUGAAAGAGUUGCAGCGACAGUUGGACGUGGCGGCGCAGCAGGAAGCGUGGCUCACUGUAGAGAAGGGCUCCGUGACGGACCAGCUCACCGCGGCGCGGCAGCAAAUCGACGAUCUCACAAAGGCGCUCGUCCACCACGACGAAGUCACCUUGCAGGUGCAGCAGCUGACGGUGCGACUGGACAACGCGACCGAGGACGCCCUGUGCAGCCGCCGGGCCGUGCUGCAGUGCGAGUCGAAAUUGCACGACAUGGAGGAGGCGGCGGCGCGGCAGGUGCGCGUCCUCCGCAAGGAAUUGAAGGCGUACAAGAAGCAGUGUACCAGCGAAGCCGCGCGCGCUGACAGUCUGCGUCGCAAGCUGAUGACGGCGCUGGUAGAGAAGGAAGCGGAAGUCUAUCAAGCAUCACGCGCGAGUGCUGGGCGGUGCAUUACGUUGCCGGGCGCGGGCGAGCCGCCGGUGACGGUGCCAGCCCCUACGAGCAGCAGCUCUCCGUACGGAGGUGGCUACGACGUAAUCGGCAUGUUGCGCAGUCAAACGGAGCAGACGGAGGCCUUGCAUGCCCGUCUUGUCCAGCUGGCGCGCUGA